AUGGCGUCCACAACAGAUUACAAAAUCUCUUUUGAUACGUUCCACAAUGUCAUCAACAAUGAGUUGACCUCAACAGCAGCCACACGCCGGGCCAUCUGCCCGAGCACCGAGGAGCCUUUGUGGGAGGUGCCAGUCUCAACUCAAGAAGACGUAGACCGCGCCGUAAGCGCAGCCAAGGCGGCGUAUCCCGCCUGGCGGAAGCUCUCGUGGGACGAGCGCGCCGAGUAUCUGAACAAGUUUGCGGAUGCCAUCGAAGCAAACCAGCAAGAAUUCAUUGAUCUUCUUGGUAAGGAGGUAGGAAAGCCACCUGGAGCCGGCGGCUUUGAGAUGUUCCUGGUCAUGGGCCUGGCCCGCGGAACUCCCCAGCUUCGAAUCAAGGAGGACAAGCCAAUUGACGACGAGGAUCGUACCGCGAUUGUGCGAUAUGUUCCUCUGGGAGUGGGAGUAGGAAUUGUACCAUGGAAUUUCCCUCUCACAUUGGGUAUUGGCAAGCUCCUCCCUGCCCUUCUUGCGGGCAACACAUUCAUAUGGAAGUCUUCACCAUUCUCCCCAUACUCGGCACUCAAGUUGGCAGAAAUCGGUACCAAGAUUUUCCCUCCAGGCGUUUUCCAAGCCCUGAGCGGAGAGGAGAGCCUGGGCCCCCAGUUGACUGCCCAUCCUGAUGUCGCCAAGGUCAGUUUCACUGGCUCUGUCGCGACAGGAAAGAAGAUCAUGGCCGCCUGCGCUGGAACUCUCAAGCGCGUGACGCUCGAGUUGGGGGGUAACGAUGCAGCUAUCGUCUGUGAGGACGUCGACAUCGACGCGGUUGUUGCCAAGGUAUACAGCCUUUACUGA